GCAAAGCAAAUCUAGGUGCGCAGUACGCACCCCAAACAUUCCCCAGCGCCAAACUUAGCAAAAAAAUCUAGCUUCCUUUUCUCUUACUCUGUCCAAGGCUUGAACUUUGCUUGCAUUUAGCUAAAAUAAAUAACGGGCUUUUAUUGUUUUUCUUCUCUUCUUCACUUUGCUACUGCUAUAUUCUUUAGAUCCUAUUUGCAGUUUGAAAUUAUUGUAAAAGCCUUUUUUUUUUUGUUGGGUUUCUUUCUUUCUAUCAAACCCAUCAAAUUGAAAACCCUAAUUUCAUUUUCUGUUUUUUGAAUGUUUUAAUGAUCUGUUUCGAUUUGAAAGUUUAAUUUUUCUCAUGAAUCUUUGAAUUUCCUAUUCAAAUAUUUGAAAACUACAAACGCUCUUAAAAACCCAGCAUUUCUUUAAGCUUCAAACUUAAAAGUUUCACCCUUUUUUUUUCUUUGUUUGUGAAAAAGAAAAUAUUGAACGAUUUAAGCUUUUGGGUAAGUUUCUAGUCCAUCAAUUAGCCCCUCUAAAGAACUCGGUUUUAGUUUUUCUUAUGAAUUUUUAGAUUCGCUGCUUCAAUGUCAGUAGAAAGGUCAUUUGAGGCCUGGGAAGAGGUCCAGCGCCAUGGCCAGGACCUCGCCGACCGGCUAGCUCAAGGUUUCUCUGGCUUAAUCCAAUCCCAUAUGACCCCACCUUCGUUUCCAUGGCCAAACCCUCCAAAAUCCAAGCUUUUCGACCUUGAGUUCCCAUCCCAAACCUUUGUCAACAAGGAUUUUGGCCUUCCCAUUGAUAACUCAGCCAUUUUUGACAUCGGUGAUAUCGGGAACAGGAUUGGCCAAGCCGGGGCGGAUUUCGGGGCCUGCUUAAAUGGGUUGGUGAAUCAGUUCUUUAGGAGUUUACCGGUCCCGUUUCGUGCUGAGGAGAGUGCGGUAGUGUCGGUUAGAAGUGAUAUGAGUGUGAAAGCGCAGAAGGCUGAGGUUGGUGGUAAUGAUAUGGAGGGUUUGGUAGGAUUUUCUGAUCAGUUGAAGGAUUUUGGGUUCGUGGAAAAUGAGGGUGGUUCGGAGGGAGUGGGGGACGAUGAGAUAUCAGGGUUUAAUUUGAAGUCUGCUGGACUACUUGGAAGACCACAGGGGAUCAUAAAUAUCACCUCAACAUAUGAGAGUAGAACAAGAGAUUUAGAAAACUCUUUGGUUGCAAGGGGAGAUCUAUGGAGAGUAGAGGCAUCAAAUGCCAAUUCCACAUCUGCGAGUGACAACUCUUUAUUUCUUGUCCAGCUUGGACCAGUGCUCUUUGUACGAGACACGACACUUCUUUUACCAGUUCAUCUAUCAAAGCAACAUUUGCUUUGGUAUGGUUAUGAUAGGAAGAAUGGAAUGCAUUCUCUUUGUCCAGCAGUAUGGUCAAAGCAUAGAAGGUGGCUAUUAAUGUCAAUGCUCUGUCUUAAUCCUUUAGCCUGUUCAUUUGUAGAUUUGCAAUUUCCAAAUGGACAAUUCACGUAUGUAUCUGGUGAGGGGCUAACAACAAGUGCUUUCCUACCUCUUUGUGGGGGCCUUCUUCAGGCUCAGGGCCAAUAUCCGGGGGAAAUGAGAUAUAGCUUCUCUUGCAAGAAUAAGUGGGGAACACGUAUCACACCAAUUGUGCAAUGGCCAGACAAAUCAUUUACGCUGGGUCUUUCACAAGCCUUCGCUUGGAAGCGAUCUGGCCUUAUGAUGAGGCCAUCCAUUCAAUUUAGCUUGUGCCCAACAUUUGGUGGAAGCAAUCCGGGGUUGCGGGCUGAAGUUAUUCACUCGGUGAAGGAGGAUCUCAAUCUGAUUUGUGGCUGUGCUUUUGUGGCACAUCCUUCAGCAUUUGCAUCAAUAUCAGUUGUUGGCUCAUGCUCAUUUCUGUCUACAAUCAUGCAGUUUGGGCGGUCUAAGUGGAAUGGAAAUGUUGGGAACUCGGGAGUAGUAGUAAGAGUUGACACCCCUCUUUCAAAUGUUGGCUGUCCAUCCUUCUCCGUUCAGAUAAACAACGUUAUUGAAUUUUAAUUGUUUGGCAUCCAAAGCCUGCGGUUGAAGUGUAUAUAGUCUCGUGCACAUAAACAAACGAUACCACAUGUGAAUAUCUGGAUACUACCUCUGUUAAUUAUAGUAAUCUCUGAUGCAAGUUUGGAGAUUCAUCUUCUUUUAUUCUCUUCACUGAAAAAAUUUUAUAUUUACUUUUUUUUUUCCUGACUGUAGUUCUGAAAAUUAUCAGGUCAAAUUUUGGUUUUCAUGUUUUUUUUUCCCUUUUAUUUUUUAGUUCUAAAUGUACCAUAUACUCGUGUAAUAAUGAUGUAUGAAACAAAGUCGGGAAGUAAUUUUGUUUAUCAAUGUAGUGAGUGCUUCCUGAGAAAUACAAUGAAAGUUUGUACUUCUACAAA